AUGACCAAAUAUCAAGGCCAGAGCGGCAACGGCAGGAAGUUCCUUGUGCUGUUCACGAUACUCUUGAUAAUCGUGGUCAGUCUAGCAUUUCUCAAUUUUUCGUCGCUAAACUCGGCAAAGGAUAUUCUGGAAGCUAUCACUUCCUUGCCCAACGACAAAAUUUUGGGCUUGUCGAAUUUCCUAACAUCGGAAAACAGCAGAAACCAGGACGAGCUUCUCAACAAGAUUGAAAAACUCAACAAGAGAUUCUUUCAGGAUCAGGAAACUCGAAUCAUCAGACUUGAAGAGCAGAAUCGGGCUAUUCUUCAGGAAUUGCGGCUGUUGAAAAAACCGCCAAGCGAUGCUUCCAUUAGGGAUAAAUUGAUGUACCUUUACAGUUACGACUCGGAGCUGAAAUUCCCAGCUUACAUCUGGCAAUCGUGGAAACACGGGUUGAACGAUGAGAGAUUUGACCCCAAGUAUAGGCAAGGAGAAUCUCAAUGGGCUUACAAGAACCCCGGUUUUGUUCAUGAGUUGUUUAACGAUGACACAGCGCACACGAUGAUUAGAUACUUGUACAAGCAAAUUCCCGAGGUGAUUGAAACUUUUGAAAUCUUGCCCGAGGUUAUCCUCAAGAUGGACUUUUUUAAAUAUUUGAUUUUGUUUGCCAAAGGAGGUGUUUUCGCCGAUAUCGAUACCUUCCCCUUGCAACCAGUGCCGAACUGGACACCGGAAAAUGUCAGUCCCUUGGAUAUAGGAAUCAUUGUUGCCUUGGAAACCGACUCAUCUUCGCCAAACUGGAGAGAAGAUUCCGUGCGAAGAUUGCAGUUUGGACAAUUUGUCAUUCAAGCUAAACCGGGCCACCCCGUGUUGCGUGAAGUGAUUGCCGAGAUUAUCGAACUGACCAGGGUCAAACGUGUCGAAAGCCAAUCCUCACCCGGUGGAGAAUCGGCUUUGAAACUUACCGGCAACACCAAUCAAAGAUCAAUGAAGAUCAGCCAAUGGACUGGCUCUAGUAUUUGGACCGAUGUCAUCUUUAAAUAUUUCAACGAUUACAUUGUUUCAUCGGUGUUUCAAAAAGUCACCUGGAAAGAAUUCCAUGAAUUGCAAAGACCCAAACUAGUAAGUGACAUUCUCGUGUUGCCUGUCAAGUCUUUUGCUAGCGAGGUGGAAAUCACCGAUGAAGGCAAGAUUACCGAUGAUCCCUUAGCAUUUGUCAAGCACUAUGCUGCCAAAAUCUGGAAAGGUGAAAAGUAG